AUGGCUAUCAAAAUUCCCCAAGCAGAGGAGUACUACCCUACCCGCCAUGCCCUCUCCUGCGUGUUGAUGCGCGCAGGAACAUCAAAAGGUCUCUUCAUCCACCGCAAAGACCUUCCCGAAAAAGAAACCGAAUGGGCGCCCCAUCUCAUCUCAGCCCUAGGAUCUCGCAACAAUGACACAAAGCAAGUCGAUGGUGUCGGCGGCGGUUCCAGCACUACCUCCAAAGUCGCCGUCAUCAACAUCUCAGACCGUGAAGAUGCAGACGUUGACUUCACUUUCGUUCAAGUCGCCGUUGGAAAAGAAUCCGUUGACUUCUCCGGCAACUGUGGAAACAUGAGCUCUGGUGUUGCACCGUUUGCUGUCCAGGAGAGACUUGUUACUCCCAAGCCAGGACAGACAGAGAUCGAUGUUAGAAUUUUCAACACGAAUACUAGUCGUGUUAUCGUCGAGACCGUUGAGCUGGAUCGCAAUGGCGAUUUUAAGGAAGAUGGAGACUUUUACAUUCCCGGUGUCAAGACCGCUGGCAGUGAAGUCAAGUGCGCUUUCGUCGAUCCCGCUGGAAGCAUGGUCGGAUGUUUGUUUCCUACGGGUAACAAGCAGGAUUGGCUUGAAGUUGAUCCUACAGCCCUCCUACCUGAUCUCUCACCCUUCAAGAUCCGCGCUACGUUGAUUGACGCUGCGAACCCAUUCGUCAUGGUUAGCGCUGCAUCAGUCGCUGAACUCCUCAAGUCUGAUGACGCGCCUGAGACUAAGCACGCUCUUGUCGAGACGAUAAGAUGUCAAGCAGCCGUUGCCAUGGGUCUCGCGAGUUCCACCAAAGCCGCUGGUCUUACCCGCGGCACACCCAAGAUCGCCCUCCUCUCACCACCCAAGCGAUCACCCGACAGCAAGACACCCGAUAUUUUCGUUCAAUCUUACUCCAUGGGUCUUCCCCACCCCAGCUUCCAACUCACCGGCGCCGUCUGUCUCGGAUCAGCAGUGAGCAUCCAGGGCACCAUCGCAGCUGAGCUAUCAGCCCAGGUCGAGGGACCUCCUACACCUGAGCGCACACCAUCACCUGUAUCUGAGGAAGGUCGAGAUAUGUCUAGUAAGCGACAGGUGUUGAUUGAGCAUGGAAAGGGAACUAUUCCUGUCUUGGUAGAGAAGAAGGGCGAUGAUGAGAUUGCUAGCUGUGCUGUGUCUAGAACGGCGAGAAGGCUGUUUGAGGGACGGGUUAUUUAUUAUCUUUAG